AUGGAGAUGCCGGAGGCGACGAGGAGAGGUAAGAGAGGGUUGGAGAUGGAGAUGACGGAGACGACGAGGAGAGGUUUUGUGUUUCUGUCGUUGUCGAACCCCGACAAAAGACUCCACGUCGUGGAAGGAUCGAUCCGAUGCGAGAUUCAGCAAGAGGAUUCGAACUCCCGGCGCAUUCAGGUAAAUGAUAAACAUGUGAUAUUUUUCGUAGAAUGCGAUGGUUCAGGUGUCAAAUUCGUGCAUGCAGCGGCUAAAACUGUCUCGCUAGGAAGAGGUCUCAGAAUCUUUGCUUGCGGUCCAAGUAACGGAGUUGAAAGAUGGAGUGUUCAUCGGAUAUGGCGUUUCUUAUCGUUGGCGGAUCUACAAAAGAUGAUAUUUCGGUUCACGAGUAGACAUAUAUCUGAGCUCAAAGCGAUAGCCAACAGCGAGGUUGCUGGUUCUGAUGUGGAUCUGAAAAUCUCUUCGUUUCAAGCUGUGUUGGCCCAUAUGUGGCGAUCGAUAAUCAGAAAGAGUGGGCUCAACCCGGAAGAAGUGACUCAUUGCAAUAUGAGACAGAGACUAAACCCUCCAAUCGGAUUGGCGACAGCCACCACAACCGCUGGAGAAAUGCUUAACAAUGGACUGGGCUGA